ACACAAGCAGCAAAACAAUUUAGCAUUUUAGAUAAAUCUACCCAAGUUUCUGUCUGCUCAUCCAGCAACCAUGGAAACUACAACCAAUGAGCAGAUGACUGCUACUUCAAACUCUACAGCAGAAGAUGUUAUUGUGUCAACACCAUUUGCAAUUCUUGUCAAGACUUUGAUGGUCAUUGCCAUCGUUCCCAACCUCCUACUGAAUCCACUGAUGCUUGUCACUUUGCGUCGCGUCACCAGCAUCCAGCCAACAACCAAAAUAUUCAUGGCUUCUCUCACCCUGUCUGAUCUGUGCAGCAGCUUUUGGUCGAUCCUAAUCCUAACAUCAUUGUUUGCUGACACUUGGUUGUUAGGCAAUUUUCUUUGUGCAGUGAAUAAUGUGAUGCUAUUUCUCUUUACUGGGCUCAGUGUUAGUACGCUUCUUCUUCUCACUGUGGAUCGUUACAUUGCUAUUUCCCAUCCUCUGCGGUAUCCCUCCAUAAUGACCGUGUUCAAAUCAAAGAUAAUUGUAUGCAGCGCAUGGGCUACAAUCAUCGUAUCCUCCAUUCUGAUCAAUGGGAUUAAUCCUUUUUAUAAUAUACAGGUUAUUGGUCAUAACAAGAGACUUUGUACAUCAGAGACAUAUGACUGGAGAGUAUAUCUAUUUCUUGCAUUGGUGUUACUUCAGCUACUGACCAUAUUCAUCCUGUAUGCACACAUCGCCCUAAUAGCUCGCAAUCAAGCCCGACGCAUUGCUGCUGAAAACCAAGCAGGCAAUGGUCAAGGUGGGCAGAGAAUAAACACCAGAUCAACCACCACUAUCAUCAUCAUAACAGGGACUUUAAUCAUCACCUGGAUUCCUACACUUAUAAGGUUGCCAAUAGCUUCACAAAACCAAUGGGAACCUUAUGACAGUUACUUGUCCUUCAAGUUCACACAAGCUCUGUUGAUGUCCAAUGGCUGGAUGAAUGUAAUUAUUUACUACCUGAGGAACAAGGACCUUCGUCAGGCACUGUGCGGAUUACUGACUGACUGGCGCCAAAGACUGUCCCAAAGAUUCCGACCAUAACUGUCAGAAAAUACU